CGUUCGAUCCACCUCUCGCGCCCUUCCGUCCGCCCGAUGCGCCGCCGCUAUAAACCCUACCCUUUCUUCUCUCCCACCUCUCUCCUCUCAUCGCUCCUCCACCGUCGCCGCCGCCGCCACCGCAGCGGAGCAACCACAGCAGGCGAGCGACAUGAAAGCACUUGCAGGUUUGAGAAGAAUCAAUUUAGAUGGAUUGAGAUGGCGUGUAUUUGACGCAAAGGGCCAGGUCCUUGGACGGUUGGCAUCCCAAAUAGCUGUUGUGCUUCAGGGAAAGGAUAAGCCAACUUAUGCACCACAUGUGGAAAAUGGAGACAUGUGCGUUGUGCUUAAUGCAAAAGAUAUCAGUGUUACAGGAAGAAAAAUGACCGAUAAAAUCUACUACUGGCACACAGGGUAUAUUGGCCAUUUGAAGGAAAGAAGACUCAAGGACCAGAUGGAAAAAGACCCAACUGAAGCAAUUCGCAAAGCUGUCAUGCGCAUGCUUCCUCGCAAUAGAUUGCGUGAUGACAGGGAUCGUAAACUGAGGAUAUUUUCUGGAAAUGAGCACCCAUUCCAUGAUCGCCCUCUUGAACCUUUUAUGAUGCCACGACGCCAAGUGCGCGAGAUGCGUCCCCGGGCAAGACGCGCACUGUUAAGGGCGCAGAAGAAAGAGCAGGACAGAGCAGCAGCGGCAUCAACCAAAGAUGAAGAAAAUGCUAAGAAUGCCAAAUCCGAGAUCACUGCAUAGAUGCGCAUUCAGAUUGUGUUGUGUGGGUGGAGAUUGCUACAAAUCUACCUGUUGAUGUUUUUUUAAAGGAUCCAUGUAUCUUUUAUUUCUUUGACAUGUAGCCUGCUGGAUUCAGUAGACGGUAGAAUCAUAUAACCUGGAAAUGAGCAGCUCAAUCUGAAUGUCUUUUUGUGUCU